CUCAGCUCAGUCACAGAAUCAGUGGAUACCGGCACACAGAAGAGCAGGAGAAUGAAAUGCUGUAUUUGUGAAGUUUUUCUCAAACAGCCCACACCUCUACCAUGUGGCCACAACUUCUGCCUGGACUGUAUUACCAGAGAGAAGGAGGAGAUGAUUUACGAGGAAAAUUUUAGCUGCCCAAAAUGCUCAAUGACAUUUGAAACAAACCCAGAGUUGACUAUCAACAAAACUAUGAAGUCGGUCCGGAGCAAGGUGCAAUGUGGGAGCACGGACAACUCUGCUCAAACCUCAGUUGUUGCAGAACUUAAAGGGAAGCUUGGCCAAACGAAGGCCAAAGAGGAUCCGCAGGUACCUCUGUGCCCCCGUCACAAGAAAAUACUCCAGCUUUACUGCAUCGAGGACAAGAAGUGCGUCUGUGAAGAGUGUACUGAACACAGGAGCCACGACAUCACACCUGCUGAUAAGGAGAGGAAAGAGAGAGAGAAAAAGGUUGAGAAAAUUCGUAGGAAGGCAAGAAGAGAAAUACAUGAGCGAGAGUUAAUCCUGCAAAAGAUAUCCCAGAACUUUGAGAAUAUCAAGAGCUCUUCCCAGUCUGCAUUGGAAGCCAAUCAAAUACAGUUCAUUGAGAUGAUAUCAAGCCUGGAGAGGAUGAUGGAAGACCUGAACAAAACUAUUAAAGAGAAAAAGAAGGAAUUACUGAGUCAAGCACAGUCUGAGGAGAGACAGCAGAGAAGUGCCAUACAGUCACUGCAAGAAACCAUCACUGAUCUAGAGUCACUUUCCCAAAUAAAAGAGGACAUUCACUACAUCAAGAAAUCUGAGUCAAUAAUAUGUCGACAGGAAGAGAGAGAUACAGUCCUCAACCACGUCAAUGACAAUAUCUCAUUCGAAUUUGUGAAGAAAGCUCUGGAACAUCUCAAAUUAGCACUUAAAGAUGAGUGUGAAUUGGCAGUAGAUAUCAUCCAGGAUAAAGUUGCCUGUCCGCUGACGCUGGAUCCCAACACUGCACAUCCAAACCUGAGCAUCUCUGACGACAACACAAAAAUGACUGUUUCUGCCAUCAAAAUUAAAAAGAAGAACGUUUCUGCGCAGAGGUUUGACAGAUGGGCACAGGUGCUGUGCAAAGAAGACCUCAGAGGAGGGCGCUUUUACUGGGAGGUUGAGUGGUCAGGCAUGGGUGCGUUCAUCGGGGUGGUCCGGGAAGACUUUCCUAGGAAUGGUGCGGGACUGCAAUGCGGUUUAGGACGCAACCCUAACUCCUGGUGUUUACAGUGUUCUAAUACCACUCACUAUGUGUGGCACAACAACAGUCAAAUCGUCAUUCCUGCCAAGGUGGUCACACCCAGAAUAGGACUCUGUUUAGAUCACACAGCAGGAAGACUGGAAUUUUAUGCCGUUUCAGAUAAAAUGACCCUCCUCUACAGUUUUCCCUUAGAAAAGGGAAGGUAUUUUUAUCCAGCUUUCGGUCUGGGCCUCGACCUUCAGCUGCACUCCUCAAUAAGAAUCCCCAGGUUGGAAAACUCAUGAGAAUUAACUUAUUGGUGGCGGGGGAGAAUUAAUUAAUGUAAAUAUGUUAAUUAUACACUAAUACUGGAGGAUUUCUUUAAUGCUUUUUUGAAGCUUAACCUGAACCAGGUGUAUGAUUUUAAUGUUUGCUUACAUUAUAAAAAAGAAGUCAGUCAAAUAUACACAGUGAUACAUUGAUACUGUUAUGAAAUCAAAGAAAUAGAAAGCUGCUAAUAAAACUUUAAGAGCAUAAUAUAGAAAGUGGUGUAUGAUGCAAUGUGAAGGAGGCCAAUUCAACAUUUAGCUUUGUUGUGAAACAUUUUGUAAUUUGUCUUUUCUAUUCUCUUCCAUGUUUAAGUAUCUUUCUUAGUAUUUUCUCAUUUGUAAAGCACAUUAAAUGACCAUUGAGUAUGAAAAGUGCUAUAUAAAUAAACUUGCCUUGCCUUUUUUCUUAGAUCAGGGGUUCUUAACCUUUUCAUUGUGCAACCCCCUUUUUUG